AUCCUGCAAAAGCUUUUUGUUUCAUUGAGGCUAUACUGAAGGUAUGACCGUAUGUGUGAAAUGCCAUGAUGAGAUAGAAGGACCCGAACUUGAAGGGCACCAUCUUGCGUGUGCAGAAUGCUAUGUCUGUUAUGGUGGCUUCAAGGACGGUGGAUGCAAGAAGGACCAUGAAGGCCGACUUCUCCAUGAAAAUUGUAUGCCCAAGUUGACUUGUGCAUCUUGCGGAGGCGGCCUUAUCGGGGAGAUGUUAUCUUUUGAAGGCAAGGAUUAUCAUAAAAAGUGCUUAUGUUGUUCAAAUUGCCAAAAUAGUUUGAGUGGUGUGCCUUUUGGUCGGACUUCCAAUGGCGAGUUGUCUUGCCGGGAUUGCUUGGAAAAGACUUCAACUAAAAAAGAAGCUCAUGAAGAGGAAACAAAAAGUAAACCGUAUGGCCAAUAUACUCGCUGUGUGAAACCAGUAACAAUGAAAAGCGGGGAUUGUGGGGUAUGUUCUAGAUGCAAUAAAAAGGUUUACGCUGCAGAAAGAAUACACGGGCCGGAAAAAACAACCUGGCAUAAGGGGUGUUUCAAGUGCAAGAACUGUUCCUGCGCGUUGGAAGCCGGAAAGGAAAGCACAAAAAAUAAAGAAAUUUACUGCACAAAGUGCUACACUGCUAAUUUCGGCCCGAAAGGUUACGGAUAUGGAGUGGGGGCUGGUGCCCUAGUAAACACCGGGAAAACGGCAGAGAAGGGCUCCAGUUGAAGGUCAGCGCCCAAUUCUCAUAUAUUAGUUGUGGAUAAAGGCAAGUACGUUAAUUUAAA